AUGCGUUCUUUAUUGUCAAGAAAAUGUUUUGAUGAAUUUCAAAAUGAAUUGGAAAUAAAUAUAUUAAAAGGGCAAUUAUUAAUUGCUAAUUUACAAGUACUAAAUUGGAUAUACUUAAUUAAUCCCCCCCCCUUUUUUUUAAAGAUAGAAAGACAACAUUUUCAAUUACAAAUAGAAAACCCUUCUAAAAAACAAUAUUCAACAUUUCUCAAUCGCCGUUCAAUUUCCUUUAAUGGAACAUCUUUUAUUGAAAGAAUUUCUAAUUCAAAAAUUAAAUAUUUCCUUCCAUCUAAAUUAUAUUUACAACAAAAAAAUAAAAGAAAACAAACAAUUGGAUUUGAUUCUUUAGUUGAAUUUAAUGAACAAAGUAUUGAAAUGGAAUUUUUACGUUUAUUUGAUUCUGCCUGGAAUUUAUCUAGAAUUUGUGAUAAUAAAGAAGAAAAUAAACAAAUAAUUAAUUCAAAAACAAAAAUAAUUAAAGAACAACAACAACAAUUUUCAACAGAAAAUUUUAAAGGAAAAAUUUUACAAAGAAAAACACAAAGUGGAAACAUUACUCUUACUACAAAUUCACAAAAUAAUCAGCAAUUUAAAUGGUUACAAUCAUCUACUUCCUCCCCUCCACCACUCCUUUUCCCACUUCCCCCACCUUCAUCCCCACCAAAACAACAACAAAAUAUUAACAAACAUUUAUUAAAUGAAUUUAUUCCAAAUUAUUCCCCUUCUGGCACUCCAAUAUUUACAAAUAAAUAUUUACAAAAUAAUUAUUUUAAUGAACAAAAAAAUUUACUAAUCGACAACAAUCACAACCACCAAUUAAUUUCUUCUUCAAAAUUUAAUAAUUAUUCUAAUAAAAUACAAAAUAAUAAUUUAAUUAAUUUUCCUCCCCCAACUUCCUCUACUCGAAGACCUUUAACUCGUUCUGGUGCUUGUACAGGGGGAGGAAGCCGUUCCCCAACCCCAAAACAAUUAAAUAAUGAAAAUAUUAAAGUUUUUUAUUUUUUUAAUUUUAUUUGCUUUUUUUAAAGUCAAAAUCUCCAUUUCCAUCAAAUUAUGGCGGAAAUCGUUCAGCAAGUACAAGUCGAUUACCUAAGGCUGUUGGUAGUAAUUCUACAAAUACACAUCAAAUAAUUGACGAUCCUCAACAACAACAAAAUACUUCUGAUCAAUUUUCUAAUGUCGGACAAAUGCCCAAAGCUGUUAAGAAAGCGGGCAAUUCUUGGCUUAGCAGACUUCGACGUAAAUCUGUUUCUAAUACAGCUACA